CUGCUGGGCCAACUGCUGUGACUGGAGCGCCAUGAUGGAAGCGAGAUCCAGACUAUCAGGCGGAGGAACCCCAGUGGGAUCCAUGGCCGGAUCUUGCUGUAACGAAGCUGGAUGUGGAUCCUCUAACCUGUGUGGCUGAUGGCUCGGACCGUAUCGAGGAGCGGAGUCUAAGGUGCCGCUGGUCUUCACCAGAGCCCGCCGCAAGGCAGGAUGGGCUUGCUGCGGCAGGCGACACCCAGGUCGCUCUCCUGACAUGGCUCGACCACACAGGUAGCUGGGCUAGGCGAGGUAUCGAAGGAUAAGGCAGUAGCGUCGUCAAAGGUAGCAGAAGGUCAAGGCAGACGGCAAAGGUGCAGAGUCUAAUAACGUAGCGGAAGGUCUGGAUACACGGCAAAUCACAUUUCACAAGAUGGAAUCCGAGUUUAUUCGGAAAGAUUGGGUUAAGAUCCGUGGAGUCCCGAUGAUCUGUGCUUGUUCCCCAAACUGGGACAGGAUUGAUAAUUUCCAGGCGAGAGAAGAGGAUAUUAUCAUUGCCACAUACCCCAAAUCAGGUACAACAUGGAUGAGUGAGAUUGUUGAUGUCAUCCUGAAUGACGGGGACAUAGAGAAGAGCCAGAGAGACGUCAUCUUCAACAAGGUUCCAAUGUUGGAGUUUUGGGUGCCUGGUGCGGUGCCCCCAGGGUCCGAGCUCUUAGAUUCUCUUCCUUCUCCAAGAGUGGUGAAAACCCAUCUACCUGUAUCUCUCUUUCCCAAGUCAUUCUGGGAAAAGAACUGUAAGAUUAUCUAUGUAGCAAGAAACCCAAAAGACGUGGCCGUGUCCUUUUAUCACUUCGAUAAGAUGAACCAACUACAUCCAGAGCCUGGAACCUGGGGGGGAUAUGUCGAUAAAUUCAUUCAAGGCAACAUGGGAUUUGGGCCAUGGGGUGCUCAUGUCAAAGAAUUUUGGGCCCGAAAAAAAGAAAGAAAUAUCCUUUACAUGUUCUAUGAAGAUAUGUUGGAAGACCCAAAGCGAGAGAUCCGUAAAGUAAUGAAGUAUUUGGAGAAAGAUCUCCCAGAGGAUGUCCUGGAGAACAUUUGUCUACACACCUCCUUCAAGGCCAUGAAAGACAAUCCUAAUACAAACUACACUGCCAUCUCCUCUUCCAUUAUGGACCAGUCAGUGUCUCCAUUCAUGAGGAAAGGAAUCUGCGGGGAUUGGAAAAAUCACUUCACUGUGUCUCAGAACGAAAAAUUUGAUGAGUAUUAUCAGAAAGAAAUAUCCGGAACCAACCUAUCCUUCCGUUUCCAGGUCUGAAGUAACGCAAGCAGAGUGCACACACCGACAUAAGCACUGGAAAUAUCUGCAGAUCUAUAGAGAAACCUAUUGACAGACUGGAAAACGAACAAACAAAAGUGUAAUGUUAUGUGCUGAGGAGAAGAGUUACACCCCAUAAGAUGAGCAGCUCCAGUACAAGAGGUACUCAAUUGGCAAAAAAAUAAUUUUUAAAUUAACUGGUGUAAGAAAG